AUGAAUACAGAUAUUGAAAAUAGAAACAUAGCUGACCUCCAAAAGGUAUAUCAAAGAAUAGAAAAUUUAAUUAAUACUACCGAACCUAGAUUAGGAGAGAAUGGUUUAUAUUUUUUAAAUUUUUUAAAUAUGAGUGAUUUAAUCACUUUCGUCGUAACUUAA